GUGUACCACCGACCGGCCAGCGACACCGACACGAGCAGCCUCGCGGACUCGCCAAAGGACGACCUCCGUUGCCUGUCAAGCCUACUAUGAUAUAUGUCGAUGAGACAGAUCCAGAUGAAGAGCCCGAGCCUCCCUUCGAGCCUAGGCAAAUAAAGUUAAAGAAGAACCAGGAUGUCAAUACUGAAUACAAGCUCAGGGAUGAAUUGGGAAGGGGCAAAUUCGGCACGGUGUACCGCUGCGAGGAGAAAAAGACGGGCCGGAUCCUGGCGGCCAAGUUCAUCCUGACUCAGCGGGCAGAGGACCGCGCCGACGUGGAGCGCGAGGUGGAGAUCAUGCGCUCGCUCCAGCACCCACGCCUGCUCCAGCUAUACGAUGCCUUCGACGACUCCAAGAAGCAGAUGAUCCUCAUUCUGGAGUUGAUCGAAGGCGGUGAGCUUUUUGAGAGGGUGAUUGAUGACGACUUCGUGCUCACGGAGAAAGCCUGCGCUAUCUUCGUGAGGCAAAUAUGCGAAGGUGUUGACUACAUGCACUCCAAAAACAUCCUCCACCUGGACAUGAAGCCGGAGAACGUGCUGUGCACCACGCGCACGGGCAAUCGCAUCAAGCUGAUCGACUUCGGCCUGGCGCGCUUCUACGAGCCGGGCAAGAAGCUGCAGGUGCUGUUUGGCACGCCGGAGUUUGUGGCUCCCGAGGUGGUCAACUUCGACAAGGUCGGAUACCAGACCGACAUGUGGAGCGUCGGCGUCAUCUGCUAUGUCCUGCUCUCAGGACUUUCACCUUUCAUGGGAAACAGUGAACUUGAGACUAUGGCGAAUGUGACUAGAGCGGAAUAUGAUUUUGACGAUGAGAGCUUUGACCAGAUCUCCGAAGAAGCAAAAGACUUCAUAGCCAAGCUUCUGCUAAAAGACAAAGAAGACCGUAUGACAGCCUCCCAGGGCUUG